GAAGAUUGAAAGAAUUAAGGGUUGUAUAUAUUUUAACUGUUUACUAUGGCAUUGAAAAUUCAUUUAGUAGUCCAGCUCCACAUGUUGUACAGUGGCUGUUGGGCUCAUAUAACACACAAAUGCUUCUUAUGGUGUUUCUUGCCAUAGUUUCUCUCUUAUUAGCAGGAUUCUUUGGGUACCAUGCCAACCUGUGUCGAAUGAAUACCACGACUAAUGAGACCUUCAAGUGGCAAGAGUACCUUGUCUGGCAAAAGAAGGUAAAUGAAGCAAGGGUUAGUGCCGCGGCACUAAAAGCAAGCAUCAGUGAGAUGGGUGACAAAACAAAGAAUUCAGAGAGCAAACGCAGAGGCUUUUGCCGGAGAUCACCCCUCAAAGAUGCUGAGGUUUUAGUUAAGAGAAACGUGUAUGAUAAGGGAUUCUUUCACAAUCUUUGUGAGGUAAUUGUGAGGUAAUCUUUCCGCUGUCAACAAGACCAUCAUGUUUGAGGAAAAAAUCAAAGUCUCGCUGAGAUAGUUGUGAUCAAGCAUUAACUGGGUAGUUUCUAUAGCUUUUCCCUUGAUAGGAGC